CUUCAACAAGCAGUAAAAAAUGGAGCUACAUUUAUUACAUAUUUAUUCAAUGCAAUGCUUUCUUUUCAUCAUAGAGAUCCAGGACUGAUUGGACUCAUAGCAUGUCCACCUAGUGUUGAGAAACCAUUAUUUUUUGGUAAAGCUGAUGGAACUCAUACGCAUCCGACAGCAUUAAAAAUUGCUCAUAAAAUCAAACCAGAAGGACUUGUGUUGGUAACAGAUACAUUGUCAGCUAUAGGGCUACCAGAUGGAAUACACUAUUUGGGUGAUAAACAGAUUGAAGUAAAGAAUUCAAAAGCAUACAUUGCUAACACAAAUACAUUAUGUGGAAGUGUGACUCCCUUAGAUGAAUGUAUGAGAUAUUUUCUAAAUGCAACAAAUUGUAGUGUUACUGAAGCAAUUGAAACAAUAACUUUACAUCCAGCUAAGGUCUUAGGAAUACAACAAUUUAAAGGUACACUUAAUUAUGGAGCUGAUGCUGAUUUUGUAUUUUUGGGAAAUAAAUUGAAUGUUCAAUCAACUUGGAUCAAUGGACAAUGUGUAUUUAAACAUAGUAGUGGAGCUGGAUAUAUUGAGAAAAAAAACAACUUAAAUAUUUCUUAGUUAUUACUUGACAUUUUAUUAGUUUUAAAUUCAAUAUAAUAAUUUAAUAGUCAAUAGUAUUACCUAAUGUACAUAUUAUGAAACUUAAAUUAUUGAACAUAAAGACACUAAUGGAAUAGCCCAUUAAUUAAUUGAACAAUAUAAUUAAAUAAAACUUAGAAGUACAUUUUUUCUAUUUACUGUCUUGCUUCUGGAUUUGAUGCUCCAGUAAUCAUCAUAAAUAUGACUAAUGGUAAUAUAUACAUCCACUGAAAAUAUAUAUUUAUAAAUAAGUUAAUACUUAAUUCUCUUGAUAAUAUCUUAGUUAUUAUUAAUCAAACCACACUAUUAAUUGUAAAUAGAUUAAGUCGCGGAAGUGCACGGACUGCAGAAAGACGGUGACGGGCGGUGAUCGGUUGUAACGAACGGUUAACAACAGACAAAAACGCCGCCGAAGCUCUCGGCGGUUGUCACCCACGCCGUGGGAGCUUCGGGGCUCAUCGCCGACUCAGACUCUGGUUCGAUUAAUCGCUCGGGUGUGCCGAUUGAUUAUCGAACGAGUGGUGAUACCUAGGCAAGGGGGUCUAGCGGGUGAGAACGCGGUAUUCGUGCGACACGACCGUGUCAACUCUCCCAACCCCCAAGCUGAUAGGCACCUUUGUCUAGAGCCGUGUGGUGCCAUCGGGUGACCCGGACACCUAUAGUUGCGAUGGGGGAACUGGCGAUUACCGCCCAGUUUCCCAUUUGCCAAAACUAUUCCCGGUAUAGGGCCUCGAUAUCGACAAGGAUGUCGUCACCGCCCACCUCCAUUGGUUCGUGUGACACGAACGCUGGAGGGGAGGCCUGACAAGCAUCCUCGUCUACGGUCGGGGUCCCCUCCCGGGGAAUAGCGUCCACGGGAGUUUCCGGCUGCCGUUCCGGGAUCGGGGCUGGAGGCGGCUGUGCCCGUGGUUGGGCAGUUGCCGGCUGUGGCCGCGGCUGGACAGUCGGCAGCCUCCGGAGUUGUUGCUGGCUGGGACGUCUGUGCACCGGUGGUAGGGCACUGGCCAGCGCUGGUCCCUGUGCUGCGCAUGCCAGUGGUGGUUGGCGUGCCGGCCGCGGUUGUGGCUUCGCCGUUGGCGCCAUGGUCGCCUUCCGGACCGUCCGCUGUGUGUGGCGGACUGGCCCCGGUAUGGGCCGACGGUCCGUCGGUGCCGGUGGACUCGCCGGUGCAGCCCUCGCGUGCUCGCGCCACCCGCGCUCAUACGCCGCCCACAGACGAGGGUCGGCCCGUAGCUCCGCCGUGUCUACAUCGCCGAUCUGCUGGACCGAUAGUCCCUGCGGUGCGUCCGGAGGGAACUCUGUUCCCAGCCCGAUCAGCGUCGCCCUGGUCUGCCGCAAGAUGUCGAGUUGGGAGGUGGUCUGCCACGCGGUUCAUGCACGCUUUUUGGUGCAAUGAUUUCACUCAAUAUACCUUCCACCAGCUCUUUUAUUUCAUCCUUCGCUAAAUCAUGCACUACUUCGCCGACAGGUGAUUAUAAUGACUGAUAUGUAUUGGAUGACAUUGAAGGUAUAUCGAUACAAGUCGAAAGUUCAGACAGUUGUGCAUAUCCA